AUGAAUCUGAGUAGCAACAUUAGAUCAUUUUCGAAAGUCGUUAAAAGGAGACUAUAUAAUACUCUUUCAGGGUUCAAUUCACAAGGGCAGUUAUUAGUUGUUCAAGAUAAUGUUCUUCCUUAUCUAAACUCUUUGCUUACGUUUUCUGAGUUGACUGAGAAUACAAGGGUGCAGAAGAUAGUAACGAUAAAGAAUAAUGUGGGAAAUGAUAUAACAGAUGUAUUAUCUGCUGUUCCAGGAUUGGAUUUGCUGUUUUUAAUUGACAUUAGAUUGGAACUGAAAUUAAAUAGUGAUUUGCAUGCUUAUUUAAAACUCAAUAAUUUACCAAUUGUUAAUGUUAUUUUUGUCUCAUGGGAAACUCAAAAUUCAAAUAAUCUAUUAUCGAUUGAAAUUAAUGAAGAGGUCAAAAUACACCAUUUUAUUGAACAGCAACUAUUAGAAACUACUCCUGCAUCACAAAUUAACCUUAAACCAUGGGAAAUUUUACCAAUUCCACAUAUUGAUGAUAAUUUAUUGAUAUGUGAUGUAUUGUUCAAUGACAAAAAUGAAAGUUUAUAUACUCCCAAAAUAUCUUCUAUGAAUAAGGCAACUAAGAAUAUCUUAAAGGAUAAUAUGAUCAAUGCACUUCAAUCAAUUCUGAAACAGACUAACACAAACAUUACACAUUCAGUUGCAUUUGGUGAUCUUUCGAAAAGCAUGGUAUAUAUUUUAAAGCAGCGUAUUGAAAGCCAAAGAGACACAACAGAUGAAUUCAUAGUUGAAACUUUAUAUUCUGGAAAUAAUAGUUUAAUUGAAACAGAUUUGCUGAUUUUUGAAAGAUCCAUUGAUCCCUUGACCCCAUUACUAACUCAAUUAACUUAUUCGGGGAUAAUCGACGAUAUAUAUAGUUUAGGAUCAGAUGGUAAAAUUAAAGGUAAGGACAUUAAAUUUGACUACAUCAAGGAUUCUAAUUGGCAGAACUUAAAGUUUUCCAAUUUUGGUACUCUAGGCCCUAUGCUAAACAAAUUAGCUAAGGAUCUACAGGCACAAUAUGACUCAAGACAUCAAGCUGAAACGGUAGGUGAAAUUAAGAAAUUUGUUGAUUCAUUAGGUUCAUUGCAAGAACAGCAAAAAUAUCUAAAAGAGCAUACUAAUUUAUGUUCUGAAGUCUUAGAUGAUGUCGAGAAUAAUGAAACUUUAAACUUUAAAAAGCUUUUAGACCUAGAACAGGAUAUUUUAUUAAAUAAUAUAGAUCACUCAAACAGCUGUGAGGUUAUUUUAGAAAUAAUAUAUGAAAAUUCAGUCAAUAGAAAACAUAUUAUUAGGCUGUUAUGUAUUAUUUCAUUGUGCCAUGGAGGUAUUAAAGAUAGUUAUUAUUCAACAAUAAAAUCUGAACUUAUUGACACAUAUGGUAUAGAAAUUUGCUUUUUACUCGAAAAACUUGCAGAGACAGGUUUAUUUGUUAGUAAAUCACAACUUACUAAUGCAAAAAAAUAUCCACAAUUAUUUAAUAAUAACUCUGAUGUCAAGGCACUAUGGAAUAAAGAGUACAAAUUAAUAUCAACCAUUUUUGACACAUUUCCAGAUGAUGGUAAUGAUGCGUUAGUUGACAUCUCAGAACAAAUUCUUCAGUCGAAUGAACCCACCUUUGCAUACUGCGGUGUCGUUCCAUUAUUUUAUAGACUUAUUCAAAUGUUACAUGACAGAACAACCUUGAGCAAAUCGUAUUCCUCCCAUCAACCAUUCAUGGUGUCUGAAAUUCCAAAUUUAGCAAAGACAGAUGAAUUAUUAGAGCAAGUAUACGGUAAUUCGAAUAUUGCAGAGUCAAUUAUUUGGAAUCCUGUAACUAAAGAAAUAACAAAACCAUUAAAGAAGAACAACAAUAAAAAAGGGCAUUAUAACAUUUCAAUUUUAGUUUUCAUUGGUGGUAUUUCCUAUUCUGAAGUUGCAGUCAUUAAACUUUUACAAGAGAAGAUAAAAGCAAAAGGUAUUUCUAAAAGAUUUAUUAUUAUAACAGACGGUAUCAUCAACGGCGAGAGGUAUAUAAAUUGCUUAGAUGUUUGA